AUGACCAACUCCUACAGCCUUUCAGACUGCUCAAAAAAGCGCGUGUGCUACUUUUACGAUCAUGACGUUGGAAACUUCAGCUAUGGUCCAGGUCACUAUAUGAAGCCGAAGCGUAUGCACAUGGUGCACAACAUGGUGGUGAAUUACGGCUUGUACAACAAAAUGGACAUUGUGAAACCAGUGCGAGCAUCCGCUUUUCAAAUGACACGGUUCCACUCGGACGAGUACAUCAACUUUCUUCAACGAGUUACUCCUGACAACUUGGAGCAUUUGGCAGUGCAACAUGGCGGGCUUGAACAGGGGAUUGCACGAUUCAAUGUUGGAGAGGAUUGUCCGGUGUUCGAAGGCUUGUUUGAAUUCUGUUCUAUAUCAGCAGGGGGUACCAUUGGUGCUGCCAACAAGUUAUUGAAUGGAGAAGCUGACAUUGCUAUCAAUUGGUCGGGUGGCUUGCAUCAUGCAAAAAAGACAGAGGCAUCUGGUUUUUGUUAUGUGAAUGAUAUCGUAUUGGGUAUCCUUGAAUUGCUCAGGUAUCACCAACGAGUCUUAUAUGUGGAUAUUGACGUACAUCAUGGCGAUGGUGUCGAGGAAGCCUUUUACACAACGGAUCGUGUCAUGACAUGCUCCUUCCACAAAUUUGGUGAAUUCUUCCCGGGCACGGGUGACAUCAAGGACACUGGAUUAGGGAAGGGCAAACAUUAUGCAGUGAAUGUACCUUUGAGAGAUGGCAUCGAUGACGACACGUACAAGAAUGUUUUUCGGCCGAUCAUAAAGCAUAUCAUGGAAUGGUAUCGACCCGGUGCUGUGGUACUGCAAUUGGGUGGUGACUCUUUAGCAGGCGAUCGAUUGGGAUGCUUCAACUUAUCUAUGCGUGGUCAUGCGUCCUGUGUGGAGUUUCUAAAGUCAUUUAAUGUUCCGAUGAUUAUGGUCGGCGGUGGUGGCUAUACAAUUCGCAACGUUGCACGAACUUGGACAUAUGAAACUGGCUUGGCCUUGGGCGAGGAUCUAUCUCAGAACGAAUUGCCAUUCAAUGACUAUUUCGAAUACUAUGGCCCUGAAUACAAAUUGGACGUGCCUUCCAACAAUAUGGCCAAUCACAACACACGAGAAUACCUUGAAAAGAUCAUCGCCAAGAUCAUUGACAACCUUCGCCAAUUACCUUUCGCACCCUCUGCAGAACUUCAAGAGGUUCCACGGGAUAUGGAUUUGGAUGUGGAAGGAGAAGAUAGCGAACAGGAUGAAGCAGAUGCUCGCCAAACCCAACGACAUCGUUUAGAACGAAUGGGCAUAUCAGUGUAG